CCUGACCCUCCAACGAUGUGCUCCUGCGCGCCCCUCCCCCACCCACCCUGCAAACCCGCGCCAGCGCCACAUCCAAACCUAAACCCAAAGCUCAGCGCCGCCUCCGCGCACGGACCAACACUGCUCCGCUGCGCCCUCGUCGCGCGCGCGGCCGCAAGGGACGAUCCGCCGCCGGCGCCGUCCAGCUUCGACUUCCUGGCGCUGAAGCGGGAGCUCGAGGAGCAGGAGGAGGCGGUGGUCUCUGUGGAUGUGACGGGGGGAGGAGGAGACGAGGUUGUUAACGAGGAAGAUGACGAGAGGGAGCCGAAGAGGAUUGGUAGCAGCGGGAGGAGGACGGGGAGGCAAAUGGCGAGGCGGUCGGGGCUGCUAGCGAAGCAGGUGAUCAGCGUCAGCUCAGCGCGGAGCCUCGGGUUCGUGUCUCAGCUGUGGGUCGACGCCUCGUCGGGCACGAUCUACCAUCAUGACGCAAUGCCUUACCGUGUUAUCUGUCAUCACGAGUUCACGACCACGAGACCAAAUUGGGUUGUUGCAUUGGUUGAAGUGAGGCCAAGCUUGCUUUCAGGAGAUGCGGACAAAUUCCUUUUUGAGGAUAUAUAUCAGGUUGGAGAUGUUGUGCUUGUUGAGGAUGAAUCUGUGGUUGAGAACGAAUUUAAGCUAGUUGGGCUGCAUGGCUUGGUUGGCUACAAUGUUGUCACUUCCAGGCGGCGCAAUGUCGGUAAGGUGCGUGGCUUCACUUUUAACAUUAACUCAGGUGUUGUGGAGUCUCUUGAGCUUGAUUCAUUUGGGCUUACUAUUGUCCCUGCUAGUCUGGUAAGCACAUACUGUUUAUUUGUCGAAGAUGUGCUUGAUAUAGUUUCUGAUACAGUCGUGGUGCAUGAAAAUGCAAUUUCCCGUGUUCAACGGUUAACACAGGGCAUCUGGGGCACCCAAAAUAUCCAAGGACCUGGCGAUCAGAGAGGCGAGUACAACAGGUAUGGAAGGCGGAGAGCUAGGCCUGUUAAGAGACAAAAUAGUCAGGGGAAGCCCACGGGCCAAAAACUCCAUAGGAAAACGUGGGAUCCGGAGGAUGAGUGGGAACUGCCAAUGGACUAUUGACACACGCGCGCACAACACUAGCGGUUCCGAUCUUCCCGUCCUGAGAAAAGAAGUGCUGUCCCGCUGUUCUAGUUAGUGCUCAGCUACAAUAAGAUAUGCCAGGUUUUCUACAUGAUUGGAAGAUGACGAAUCCGAAAGGAAAUAGUUGGCCAUCUUGGGCGAGCUUUGGCUGGGUGGGUUAGUGAAAAGCGAGUAUGUCUGCCGACCUCCGACGUCCUAAUUCUGGUACAAAAUGACUCAUUUGUAGUGAUGAAGCUUCUUUUGACUUGACUGACACUGAAUGACUGAAGUAUAUAUGCGUGUAAUCAUGUAGUGAUGGACUACCACCGGAGACUGAAGUAUAGCUCUAGCCAGAAUAUCAAAAUUCUUGCUAUAUUGUUACAAAAGGAAAAACAGUUUGGUUGCUGAAA